AUGAUGGCCGCCUCCCCCUCCGUUGCCGGCGGCUUCAAGGCCGCCGGCCUGUCGGCCAGGAAGGACGAAAAAAUAAUGGAUUUGAUAGACUUGUUUUCGAAAACCCAGUACAGAGCAAAGGAAGUCACUCCUCGGAUGGAGGCAAUUGAAACAUGUUGUUUGGAGUUAUUUGCCCGAGAUUACAAGUACAGUAUCAUCCAUAACGCCAACGGUGAAGUUUGUGGCCAUUACCCACGGCGGAUAGUGUUCCUGGAGUACGAAUGCACGGAUGUUGAUCGAGACAGGUACAGCUUCAAUCUGGAACGGUUUGAGAGCACACUGCAGAUCAGUAAACUUCAGGAUCUGGUGAACCGGAGUAAACUGGCCCGAUGCAGAGGGAGGUUCGUCUGUCCUGUCAUUCUUUACAGAGGCAAGCACAUUUGUCGCUCAUCCACUCUGGCAGGCUGGGGGGAGCUCUAUGGACGCACGGGCUAUAAUUACAUCUUUUCUGGGGGCAGUGAUGAUACAUGGACAGACUCGGAAGAAGUUCCAGAGGAGGACUGUGCAGUCAGAAAUGGGGACUCCCAGCUUUUUGACAAGGUCCGAGGCCACGACAUUAAGCUCCUGCGGUACCUGUCGGUUCGCUAUAUCUGUGACCUUAUGGUGGAGAACAAGAAGGUUAAGUUUGGCCUAAAUGUGACAUCCUCUGAGAAGGCAGAUAAAGCCCAACGCUAUGCAGACUUCUCUUUGCUCUCCGUGCCUUAUCCAGGGUGUGAGUUUUUUAAAGACUACAAAGAGAGAGACUACACCGCCGAGGGACUUGUUUUCAAUUGGAAUCAGGACUUUGUGGAUGCUCCCUUGACAAUCCCUGCGUGCUUUAACAAGAACCUAAACAUUGACUGGGCUCAAUAUCAGUCGUGGGACCUGGUGGAACAGACACAGAACUAUCUGAAGCUGCUUCUACAUAUCAUCAACAGUGAUGAUGAGAGUGGUCUUCUUGUGCACUGCAUAUCAGGCUGGGACCGAACACCUCUUUUUGUGUCACUCCUUAGGCUGUCUCUUUGGGCUGAUGGUGCUGUACACAGCAAUUUGGAAGCAGCUGAGAUUCUAUAUCUGACCAUUGCUUAUGACUGGUUCUUGUUUGGUCACAUGCUUCCAGAUCGACUCUCCAAGGGAGAAGAGAUUUUCUUUUUUUGCUUCAAUUUUUUGAAGCACAUUGUCUCAGAGAAGUUCUCUGCUAUUAAAAAACAGAGAAGGAAGAGCUCCCACUGCAGAGAUGGGGAUUUUACAUUUGAGGACGUCUGCCAAUUAAAGUCUCGGGAUCGUGGAAGUGUGACAAGUCUGAGCAGUGACUUUAUGCUCAUCACUGAGGAGGUGGGUGUGACUUCCAGCUUCACAAGUGACACUGUGGACACCUUCUACAGCCAGCCCUCACUUUCCUCUUGGAAAAAAGGCACCACCUGCUCUCCUCAAAUGGUCGUGUGGAACAAACAAAACCCUGGGGAUGACCAGCUCCCACAUCCCCUUAGUGAGGCCAGGUCUUCCAGUUCGUCCUCAUCCAACCACUCGGAGCACGCCAUCACGCGCACUGGCAGCAGCCCAUUGGCUGUCCCUGGCCAAAGGUUUGCCACAGACUACACUCGGUCAGGUUCUUCUCUGUCCACAGACUACGGCAGUUGGCAAAUCGUCUCUGGUUGUGGUAGCAUCCACGAUCAUCCUUCUUUCCAGCCACCUUUGACUUCGGCCUCAUCCACCUCAUCUGCUGUGGACGCUCCCUACGACUCCCUCCUGUCCUUCAGCUUGCAGGAAGAAGGACCCAACGGAAGGAUGUGUCCCUACCCCUCACAACGUCAAGCCCGUCUAGAAGCCGUGCGGGAAAUCUUCCUGGCAGCCUACAGUUCUACUGUUGGUCUGAAGUCUGUAGCAUCCAGUCCCUCCGGCGCCAUCACAGGCCUGCUUGAGCAGUUCGCCCGAGGCGUAGGCCUAAGAAGUACCAACGCCCUUGUCUAA